AUGCCUGACGUGGCGACUAACGGUCAGGCCACAAGGCGGCGCGGGUCCCUCAAAGCCCUCUUUAAUAAAUAUGCUGUCGACUGGGGUGUGCUGCUGCUCAUAGUCGCUGGAGCUAUUGCCGUCAAUUUUAUUGAGCCGUUUCCAAGAUUCGUGGAUUCCGAGGACAUGGAAGGGUUGAUGUACCCGUUACUGGAUAACACCGUCCCAUCAUGGGCUGUCCCGCUGAUCGCUCUGGCUCCCGCUGCCAUCGCGUUUCUCGUUCACUACGCCAUCCGCAAGGACAUUGUGGACAUCCACCACUCCGUGCUAGGUGGAUUGACUUUCGAGCCGACUAUAAUUCACCUUGCUCCUGCUGCUAUCGCUUUCCUCGUUCACUACUCCGUCCGGAAGGGCCUCGUGGAUUUUCACCACUCUCUUCUAGGACUGAUCUUUGCCUUCUUCUCCGCCAUUCUCGUCGCCGAGUCUCUCAAAGUCGCUGUUGAGAGAAUUCUCACAAGCCUGCUCUUCGCCUUCUUCUCCACCAUUCUCAUCACCGAUGCUCUCAAGGUCUCGGUUGGCCGCCCCCGCCCUGACUUCUUCAUCAGAUGCUUCCCCUCAGGAGUCCCUGUGAGUCAAGCUGUUUCCCUCCCCGGAUUCCUCUUCUUGCUUUACAUCUCUCCUCCCGCCUCAAAAGCCGCCCCCGCCCCGACUUCUUCAUCAGAUGCUUCCCCUCAGGGGUCCCUGGGUCCCUGUGAGUCACAUGAUCCCCUUCCCCCAUUCUUGUUCUUCCUUCGCUUCUCCCCUUCCGCCUCAAACGCCGGCAGCUUCCGACCAGACUUCUUCAUCAGAUUCCCCUCAGGGGUCCCUGUGAGUCACAUGAUCCCCUUCCCCCGUUCUUGUUCUUCCUUCGCUUCUCCCCUCCCGCCUCAAACGCCGGCAGCUUCCGACCAGACUUCUUCAUCAGAUGCUUCCCCUCAGGGGUCCCUACUUCUUCAUCGAAUGCUUUCCUUUGGGAGUCCCUUCAAGAGGGGUCUCUCCCAAUACUCCUCGUCUCCCUGUGCGUCUCCGUUCCCGCCCCUAUGCCGAUUCCUCCCUGAGAGUCAAGAGGGUUCUCUUCUCUCCCCAGAACUCUUCGUCCUGAACUUUUUCCCCCCUCGCUUCCCUCCUCGCCCUUUUCUCCCUUCCUCUCCAGGCUUGGCCUAUCUCUCCUUCUUUCUAGCAGCCAAGCUCCACUCCCUCUCCUCCUCCGCCACUCACCUCUGGCGUUUGCUGCCCCCUGCGCUGCCGCUCGUGGGAGGAGUGGCCGUCGGAAUCACACGCAUCGAUGACUACUGGCACUUCCCAUUUGACGUGUUUGUGGGCAGCCUCAUCGGUGCGUGGCUGGACAUGCGUUUCCUUCUCUUUCUUUUUGUGGCAUCUCAAAGCUGA